AUGAUUGCCCCUCAAGAAAGGAACACCAACGUCCGGCUUCUCGCAUGUCUCAUCGACGACGACGACACGAACGAUAGCGAUUAUCGCUUCCUCGUCGACGGGCAACAUGUGAAGUACAUAUCCACAGCGCCAGGCACGUUUCGCGGGGCCGAGGACGACCGCACUUUCGAGCCCAUCCUGCUUGGCGAGCUCCUCCCACCAUUUCCAACUGGAGAUUGGAACCACGGCUAUGUAGCUAGGGAUCCCGAGACGGGGAAGGCUACCUUCGUCAGGACCGAGACAGUACAACUUGCCGGGGUAAAGAACUGUUGGCAUCCCUUGAAGCUCAACGAGCUGGAAUUCACGCGUCAAGAGCGAGUGAGGCAACGAGUCCACGUCUCAACGCAUCCCAAAGUUAAAGGCGGUAAACCCGUGCUCAUCAAACUCGCGGUCUGGCCCUGGGAAAUCCCCUCCAUUGAGGUCGAGACGGCCGCCUAUCAAUGGAUUAGUGACAGCGGAGUCGGUCCUAAUUUUCUGGGCCAUCUCACUGAGGGCAAAGAUGGGCGCGUGGUUGGCUUCGUCGCUGAGUGGGUGGAAGGCGCGAGAGCCGCCGGGCCAGCGGACAUCGACGACUGCAAGAAGGCUUUGGGCCGGUUGCAUGAGCUCGGUAUCAAGCUUGGCGAUAUCAACAGACAUAACUUUCUUGUACGGGAUGGGCAUGACGUGGUUCUGGUAGACUUUGAGACGGCGAAGCGAGACUGUUCGCCUUUGGAACUCGAGGACGAGAUGAGCACUCUUAAGAGCAGCCUUGAAGACACGAGUUUCCGGGGUGGGGUGGAACCGGCUUAUGAAUGA